UUGGUAGAACAUUAUGCAAGAUAUCUGAAAAGUGCUCUAAAAUGUUACUUUAAAAGUAGAUAGAUGUACAUAGCCGAGAAACUGCCGUAGUUAUACCCCACUGUCGUUUUUAGAUGCCAUUUAAAUUCCAAAAGAACCGUGGACAAUUGUUUUGCCUAGUCAAACAGAGUUAUGUCCCCCUUGCUUUGCCAUCCCUACAAUCUGUCGGAGUUGAGCUAUUUCAAAGUUAAUCUAUAAAGGGCAAGGGAAUGUACAGCCUACACAUAUUUUCUGUCAUUUGACAAACUUCAAACUUGACCUUCAAUAACUAAGUUUACAAUAUUUUGAUCUAUAAGCUCCUUCGAAGGCGAGAACUAAGAUGGCCGCUUCACAGCUAUAGACACUUUGUCGUGGUUGUUAAGUGUAUCAUUGUGUGGCUCAGUUUACUUCUAUUUUUCAGAAUUUAUAAGUACAUUUUGAUAAAUGAAGUUUACUUAACUUUUGUAUAUACUAUUGUUUACAAUCACACAACUUGUUACUAGUAUAUACUAUUGUUUACAAUCACACUUCAUUUGAAAAUCAUUUCUUGACCUUGACUUAUCCACUCUGUUUCAGAUGAACCACAGUAGGAAGAAUCACAACAGGAAGUGGAUAGAAGGAUGAAGAUGUGGAUGAAGUGGAUCAUGUUCUUUACAAUUUGUCAAAAUACACUCUGUAUUGACCAACCAUAUCGACUUGUUGAUGCGAACACCAGGUGUUUGGAGAUUAAAGUGGAGUCUCGCCUGAGCUGUAAUAAUGAAAGUCUAUACUAUCACUGUCUUUUGGAUGAAAAUUACACCAAGGAGUAUGAGGUUUGCAGAGAGUGGACGUGGAUUUCAGAAGGUAAAUGUGCAUAUUUUAACCCUUAUGGAAGAGGGAAUGUUGACGAGAGAAAUUGUGCAGGAAAUUCAACUAAAAAAUGUUGAACAAAGGCGUACCACUCGGAUUUGAAUAUGCAGUAUAAUGCUUGUUAUGUGAAGAAAAAAAUUGCAGUCUCAACCCCAAUUGUCCCAGUAACUGUAAGACCAACAGGUAGUGGAACUUCAGAUAUACAGAAAACAGUAGAAACAGCACCGACAGAGUCACAGUUCAAUGGCAGUGCUAUGGGAGUUACUCUUGGUGUAAUCGUGCCGCUUAUCCUGCUGGUGGUUGUUCCAGGAAUUCUGCUGUUCAGGAAAAGACGUCACUCACAAGCUGGGACAAGUAAUAGAGAGACUACAAUGCAGAAUGGUGAAUGUAAAGCCCUCAUAAAUAAGGGAACAAAAUGUCUGGAGAAAAAUGAACAUAAUGAACUACAGAUACAAAAAGAUACAAUUAAGAGAGAGUCCACAAUGGAAAAUAGUGAAAGUAAAGCCCUAGAAAGUACGAAAACAAAAUAUCUGGAAGAAAACGAACAGAAUCAGUAACAAAUUGAACAAAAUAGAGAACAACACUACUACUCUGUUGCCUAAGGAUGGUUUUUUACCACAACCUAAUGGCAAAAAGUCCACCCGUAUAAAAAAUUCCAUUUAGUUGUACACUGUCUUUCAUUUUAAUGUUAACCUGUUUGCAUAUUUUAUUUGUGUUUACAUCAUAACACAUGUCUGAUUAAUAUAUGUUAUAUCUUUUAUUGAAUGUUUGAAAAAAAUAAUAUUACACAGGUGAUACAUUUGUUUUGUUUGUAGGCCUGUAGUGUGUUUGUAAUUUGUUUGGAUGUUCAUGUUUGAGAAAUGAAAGCAUGCUAUUUAUUAUUAGGCCGUUCCUGGUACACUGAUUUUGACUACGGAUAACUCCGUUUAACUGAUCAGGAUAUAGGGCUCACGGCGGGUGUGACCGGUCGAUAAGGGAUGCUUACUCCUCCUAGGCACCUGAUCCCACCCCUGGUGUUAAGUUUUCUAAAAAAAAAUCUGCUGCAAUGUACAAUUUGUCUUGAAAUGUUCUUCAGAAAAAAUAAAAUAUAGUAUGGAGUUUUUUUUUAAAGAAAAGGAUUUAUCAAAGGAAGAAGGAACAAGAAUUUCAGUCGACAAUUAAAAUGUACCAUGUUGAAUCAAUCUUUUUAAAUAAUUUCCCAGGAUUGGGCCCCAACCUCCAGUAAGGUCUAGAUCUGCCACUGGAUUGAUCUGCCUCUCAAAGCAAAAAAAAAAAAAGCAAAGUACUGAGAGUACUGAUAGACAGAAGCAUGUUUGUUUAUUCUGGAUUCCCACCUACAUUUUCAACUGGUAUAUUUUUAAAAGCUUUGAAAGUUUGCAAAAUACAUUUUUUUAUUUGCAAAAUAGAAUUAAUUGAUUACCUGUAUUAACUUUAAUACUAGUGUUAAUUAAUUAAUUGCUCUUAAAGCGGGUUGUGGCAUCACAGUAAUAUGGCGCGUAAAUCUCCAAUCGAAAUAUGCAUAUUACUGUGUUAGAAGUUGAACUCGCAAUAUCUCUGUAAAUAUGCUCACAACAAUUUUGAUUGUAUUCAGUAUUGUAAGGAUUUCACCCCGUAUCAUUUGUGUAUUAUUUUUUUUAUUAUUAUUGUUGUACAUAUGUUAUCAAUAGUUCUCUUAUUGAUUAAGGAAUGGACUUGUUGCUAUAUAUUAUUGAGUGUCUUACUUGUAUAUUAUAAUAAGAUGAAUUUUCACAGGUGUAUAUACAUUACAGCUACUUUCACUUUGAUAUGUCCUGUCGAAUUGGUGUUUACAUUUGACUGUAUGGAGUAUACUGAGGAGUUCCGUAUGUCAGAAUUAUUGAUCUGUUUAAAUUCGGGAAAUAUGAUACAUGUAGGUUUACUAAUAUACAUAUGAUGUGUAUUGAUGAUUAUUUUUUUAUUGCAAAUGUUUUAAUGUUUUAUUGUUUCAUUAUCGACAUUAUUUCAGUAUAGAAUUCUGUGUUGAGAGUUCCUGUGUCAAGCGCGUGCCAUGUAAAGAUGUCUGUAUUUUUCUAUGAUUUGCUCGUGCGGAAUAUAGAAUUCUGUAUUUUUUAGUAUAAAAGGCUGUACUUGUGCAGACUCGCUCUCUUGGUUCUCUCUCUAUUUGGAAGCGAUGUAAGUCAUCUGUUUGUUUUAUUAUUAUUAUUUGAGCAAGAAUAGGAGUUAUAUUUUAAUUUAAUUAUUUUUGAGUUUGCUAUAUUUUUUUUUAUUAUUUUGGGUAACUUAAGAAAUCAUUUGGACUAUUAUUAUUUGUGUUUUAGAGUAAGUUAGUUAUCAAAUUGAUUUUCAUAAGUGUAAUAUAUUUAUCUAAGAAAAUGUUUUUGGGAAAUUCUUCUUUGGGAAUUGAUAAUUGAUUUAUUGCUUAUCUAGAAUAUAGUAAUGCAAUAUGUGACAGAUUUCACAAUUUAACCUGGAAUUUAGGUUCAAUUUAGUAUUAAGUGCAGCAUAUGGUUGUUUUCUUAUUUGAGAUUGAAGUUUGAUAUUUAUUUAAGGUAGGGUAUUUCUCAAGAGUGAUUGUCCUCUGCAAAAUCUACAGAUUUAAGAUUCUAGUUAUAGCACAUUUUUACUUCAGUAAGCUAUUGUUUGCAUUAUGAGUAACUCAUGAGAGUGAAUACCCCUGAUAUAAGUAUUUCGUUCAUUAUUAAUAUCUGAUUUUGUCCCGAGUUAUUCCCCUUGAAUGUGUUUUUGGAGGAUGAAUAAUAGAAUUGUUUUAAGAUUUUCGUGCGCAUGUCGAUCUAGUCAUCUCGUUUAUUGACUCGUUUGUCAUCCGCUUUUCUUUUAACUGGCUAUUGUGAAUAUUGCACUGAUUGUUUAGCUUCAACGCGAAAGAGUGAAGUCCUCUGGUGCGUUAACUUCAUGUUGCUUAUGAUGCUUAUCUUUGAAAUGAAUACAUAAUUGAC